UCACUCUAUUUUUCACUCUAAAAUAGAGUACCCUUGGAAUAUAUCACAACUCUAUUAUAGAGUCACUCUAUUUUAGAGUAAAAAAUAGAGUGAACCAUUGGAGAUGGUCUCAACUUCACCUUCAAGCUCACCGUUCAGGCAAAUAUCUUAUUCUAAAAAAAUAGUUCAUUUAAUGAUUCACCUAUUUUUCAGCAAUUCCUUUUUUCCAUUACCAUGGUAAUCAUAUAAAAUCACCGAACCAUAGAGAGUAAUUAAUAAUGGUGUCUGAAUGUCUACAUAUUGUUUAACAGUGUUUAUAUGUUUUGGUUUUACUUGGCAACUUGUCUGACCUUUUUCUUAAUUCCUUUUAGUUUAUUAAGCUCGUUUAAAGAAUAUGACAGUUAAAUAGUUCACUUGCAUGUCGAUGAAACUAGAUACCACCCACAACACAAGUUGCAAAAGUUUCAGAUACAUUAAUACCAAAUUUCUUUCUGUUAGUAUAAUUCAACUUUAUAAUAUACGAGUUAUCUUACUCUAUUUUACUAUGUUUAUAUAAAAGUGCGUGUUUUCUAUUCACACGGAAAGAGAACUCUUUCUUUUUGGCGGCGCGGAAUAAAAAAAGUUUACGCAAGCAAAAAUAUCUGUAUAUCUAUGAAGCUUAAACCUCGUUCUCUGUCUGACAAAGAAACAUCUCGUAAAAUCUCUGUAUUUCUUUCUCGCUGCCUCUCUGUUUUUUUUUCGUCUCUAUCUACAGAGCUUUCUUUCCCUCUAAGUAAAGAAAACAAUACAUUUUUAAAUUUCUAGGUUUAUAAGAUUUAAGUAGUUCAGAGGAGAUUAGAGUUAAGAGGUUUUCUUUAUGUGUACCAUAAAAGUGGCAAAUCAAGAAGGAAACGUUGGUAAGAAAGCGGAGCCUACCACUCGAGAAGAUGAUCAUGGGACGUUAUCAGACAUCGAUCAAUGGCUUUACUUAUUCGCGGCCGAAGACGACCACCUCCACCGUGAUAACGCUUUCACGCCUCCCUACUCGUCGUCUUCUCUUAUGACGAGCUAUAACAGAGAGAUGGAGAUGUCUGCAAUCGUCUCUGCUUUGACACAUGUAGUCGCUGGAAAUGUUCCUACUCAUCAAUACGGUGACGGUAGCGGUGGAGGUGGCGGUGGAAAAGGGAAUUCGAAUUCCUCUUCCUCCUCCGGACAAAAAAGGAGGAGAGAGGUGGAGGAAGAUGGCGGUGGGGGGAAAGCAGUCGAGGCAGCUAAUACUUUGACGGUUGAUCAAUAUUUCUCCAGCGGCAGUUCUACUUCUAAAGUGAGAGAAGCUUCGAGCAACAUGUCAGGUGGUUCAGGUCCAACAUAUGAAUACACUACUACAGAAAAUGGUACUACCGAAACGUCAUCGUCUAGUGGGGACCAACCUCGAAGAAGAUACAGGGGCGUGAGACAAAGACCAUGGGGAAAAUGGGCGGCAGAGAUUCGAGAUCCGUUCAAAGCGGCUAGAGUUUGGCUCGGUACGUUCGACAAUGCUGAGUCAGCUGCAAGAGCUUACGACGAAGCUGCUCUUCGUUUUAGAGGCAACAAAGCCAAACUCAACUUCCCUGAAAACGUAAAACUCGUUAGACCCGCUGCAACACAAUCUGUGCCACAAACCGCUGUUCAGAGACCAACUCAGUUAAGGAACUCGAGUUCUACAAGUACCCUUUUGCCCAUAAGACCUGCUUCAGAGCAAAUAGUUCAUUCUCAGCCGUUGAUGCAACCGUACAACAUGAGUUACUCGGAGAUGACUCGUCAACAACAACAGUUUCAACAUCAUCAUCAACAACAAUCGAUGGAUUUAUAUGAUCAAUUGUCAUUUUCGUUGCCUUUUGGUCACACUGGAGACUCAACAAUGCUAUCCACAUCAUCAUCGUCAUCUCAUUCUCGUCCUCUGUUUUCUCCAGCAGCAGUUCAACAACCGCCGGAAUCAGCUAGUGAAACCGGUUAUUUCAAGGAGUUAAAAUGGUCAACAGACAAGACAAACAAUAAUAACUAUAGUAAUAGUCCAUCCUCCUAAUGGAAUUGCUUCAUUUCUUAUUUUUCUUUUUACUAUAAAUAAGUUAGCGUUUAGGUUUUUAUGGCUUGCUUGCUUUAUUUUGUUUUUAUGGCUUUCUUAUUUGCAUGUUUGUUUUCAAUAUUUUAUCAUAUUUUUGGAUAAUAUUAAGUUGUAAAAAAUGAAAAAUAUAAUAGUGAGAAAACAACUAAAAGACAAGGAGUUUUGUUUACUCUUUAAAGGUUUCCUUAAAGAUCACAUACAAGAGCUAAUAUAUGUGAGCCAAAACAAAGACAAAAAAAAAACUCAAAUGAAGAAUUUUGGGACAGUGACAACAACCUGAGAGAUUAUUUCUACUGGUGUUUGUGGCUUUCUCAAGCUCUUAGUGCAACUUUAUAAACCAUAGUUUAUUUGUGGAUUUGGUGACAACUCUUCUCAACAAGAUCUAAAAGCUUCUCCAACUUCGUUUCUCAAGUUCUUUGCUGUAUUUACCCAUCUGGAAGCAGAUUAUUCCUGAUGGCGUGUCGAUUCUUGCUAUCAAGGCUUUGGACACAACCGUCUCAGAUAGAUGCUUCUCUGCUUCCUGAGAUAAAAACGAAUCAAUAAGCAGAGCUUAACGUAUAACUGGUUAUAAUUACAUUGUUGUUUGGACUUAUAUAUUUACCUCAAUGGUCAGAAGGACGCAAACAAAGAGAUACGA